GUCUUGUUCUUGGCUGGCUGAGUCUGUGGAGCGCCGCUGUUGGGGGCGUGGUAGUGGCCAGGAAUGGGUUGGGUUGGGCUGGGGUGGCCUUGCGCCUGCGCGGUCACACCUGAGGGCUGAGGGCAAACUGGGAUUGAGGAACAGAGUUCUCUGACCUAACUGAGGGCUUUGGCGACAAGAUGCAGGACCCCAAUGCAGACACCGAGUGGAAUGAUAUUCUGCGCAAGAAGGGUAUAUUGCCCCCAAAGGAAAGUUUGAAAGAACUGGAAAAGAAGAGGGAAGAAGAAGAAGAGAACCAUAUCCUUCAGCAGUCAAUAGUGAAAACAUAUGAAGACAUGACUUUGGAAGAACUAGAAGAAAAUGAAGAUGAAUUUAAUGAGGAAGAUGAGCGUGCUAUUGAAAUAUACAGACAACAAAGACUUGCAGAAUGGAAAGCGACUCAACUAAAAAACAGAUUUGGAGAAGUUUUGGAGAUAUCAGGGAAAGAUUAUGUUGAAGAAGUUACCAAAGCUGGCAAAGGCUUGUGGGUAAUCUUGCACCUUUACAAACAAGGAAUCCCUCUAUGUUCACUUAUAAACCAGCACUUUAGUGGACUUGCAAGAAAGUUUCCAGAUGUGAAAUUUAUCAAGGCUAUUUCAACAACAUGUAUACCUAACUAUCCUGAUAGGAAUCUGCCCACAAUAUUUGUCUACCUUGAGGGAGAUAUCAAAGCUCAGUUUAUUGGUCCUCUGGUAUUUGGUGGCAUGAACCUGACAAGGGAUGAACUGGAGUGGAAACUUUCUGAAUCUGGAGCAAUCAAAACUGAUCUAGAAGAAAACCCUAAGAAACAAAUUGAAGAUAAAUUGAUGUCCUCGAUCAGAUGCUCUCUCCCAACAAAGACAGAAAGUGAUUCAGAAGACGACUAAUUUCUUUAUUUUUGUAUCCCUUUGCUGAAUUUUCUUGGAAUGGGGAACAUAUCUAGAAUUUUUUAAACUUAAAAAACAGAAAUAAAAUCUUUUUGUUAGAAAAAAUUUUUUUUAACCUUUUAAAAAUUAAGCUCAAAAUUUACCAUGCCUCAGAAUUAAUGGAUGCUGGAUGUCUUAUUACAUAAAGAACAAAUUAAUAUAUUGUGGUAAAUUAUUUCAAUUUAUUUUUCACUUAUGUUUUAUAGCAAAUAAAACUAAGUCUGCAUUUAUUUCCAUUCAACUAUGCUAUGAAAUAAAUUUGGGGAAUUUUUUUUCUCUUUUGUGAAUAAAUUACAAUGAACAUUUUAUCCAUUGGACUUUGUGAGCCCAACAUACCAUUAUGGAUUAUUUAUUUCUUUUAUUGUUUGUAACAAGUUACCCUAAAGAUUUGACCUUAUAAGAAUAUGACACUUUCCUCCAGACUGAGGUAUUUAAUCUAAAAAUAUGUUGGUUAAAUAUGAUUUUUCUACCUAUAUUUCCAUCCACGCUCUUGUUGAUAUUUGUUCAGAACAUUGCUGAGAAUAUUUUUAAAAUUCUAGACAUUGACUGAACUGAAACUCUCCUAAGCAUUUAACAGAAUUAAAUGGAAACAAGAAUUUGAACAAGGGGACUUUUAUAGCACAUGAUGUAACUUUGAUUAGUAAAGAAUAGAAAAAAAAAUUCCUUUUUCGUUCUUAAAAACUAUAAUUGUUUUUACUAUUUUGUACCUUAAAAUAUGAAUGAAAUCAGGUUAAUGAGCUUGAAGUUUUUCCUAUUUAUAUCAGAAUUGUUUUUAUUCACUUUAAUGAAGAAUAUUUCAUUAGAAGAGUUAUGCGCAGUUAUGACUCAUUUUCUUUGUAAGUCAGCUAGAGAAGCAUUUGUAAACUUUUUUAUGUGAACAAUACGUAUACAUGGGUCCUCCCCACCCCCACCCCUUUUUACAAAUGACACAAGUACAGAGAGGGUAAGGUCACCAUACAAAUGUAAAUGGCAGAACCAAGAUUUAAAUCCAAGACACCUGACUUAAGAUCUAGCACUCAUUCUUCUGUAUCAGUAACUUCCUUUUAUAUAAAAACACAGUAGUAUCUAAGAAUUGUGCAAGAGAAGCAACAUUAGAGAUGUCAUCAGAGAAGUAUAUUUUCAGAAAGGAGAUUAAGGCAGUUUGAGGUGACAGCUGGAGAACAAGUGGCCAGUCUUCUUGUCCUUGGCUACUUUGGAAGAGAAGCCUCAGCAUGUGAGGUAGACCCUUUUGAAAAUUUCUGGGAGGAUAUGGACAUGAGUAGACAUGGACAGGAUUGUGAUCUUCAUCAUUAGAGAGAGCAGCAACUUAUCUGUGAGAUCAGAGUCCUUGGAAGUAUGGAAGAAGUCCCUUUUAAGGGCCUUAUUUUUUCAUGAGAUCUUGACAGAUUAAAACGAACAUUGUAUUGUU